UAUGAGUCUGGGUUGAAGCAACUUUAGCUAAACAAAUCUAUUCGUUUUUGAUUUCUGUAAUUCUCUGAGCUCAGAUCCAAGUCUGUGAUAGUUCUGCUUCUUUUCCCUUCCAAUAUAGCAACUUGCCUUUAAGAUGGCGUCUCCUCAGCAGAUUCGCACCCCUGUCACGGAUCUCCUCAAAAUCAAUCACCCAGUUCUACUUGCUGGUAUGAACGUUGCUGCCGGUCCAAGAUUGGCUGCGGCUGUUACCAAUGCUGGAGGACUUGGAGUGAUUGGUGGGGUUGGCUAUACUCCGGAUAUGCUUCGGGAACAAAUUGCGGAGCUCAAAGGAUAUUUAAAGGACAAGAAUGCCCCAUUCGGCGUGGAUCUUUUGAUCCCGCAAGUUGGUGGUAGUGCGCGAAAGACAAACUAUGAUUAUACAAAGGGAAAACUCGAUGAACUAGUGGAAAUCAUCAUCGAUAGUGGCGCCAAAUUGUUUGUCUCGGCAAUUGGAGUGCCGCCAAAACAUGUGGUGGAUCGUCUUCACAACGCAGGUGUGCUUUAUAUGAAUAUGAUUGGUCACCCAAAACACGUCAAGAAGUGUUUAGAGGUCGGAGCAGACAUUAUAUGUGCGCAGGGAGGCGAAGGAGGCGGUCAUACCGGCCACGUUCCGACGACAGUACUUAUACCCACUGUCGCGCAAAUGUGUCGGGGAAAGAAGAGCGCAUUUACCGGCCAGGAUGUCCAGGUCAUUGCAGCCGGAGGUCUGUUCAACGGGCAAUCAUUAGCAGCAUCUCUUAUGCUUGGUGCUAAUGCUGUCUGGAUUGGAACUCGAUUUGUACUCUCGGAAGAGGCGGGCGCGCCCAAAGCUCAUCAGGAAGCUGUCCGAACUGCAGGCUUUGACGACAAUGUCCGAACCAUCAUCUUCACGGGACGCCCAUUGCGGGUCAGAAAUAAUCCAUAUAUACAGAACUGGGAAGAGAAACGAACAGAGGAGAUCAAGGAGCUUACUGGCAAAGGAAUCAUUCCUGUGGAACAUGAUUUUGAAAAGCUCGGAGAUGACAUUGACGACGAGACCAUGGACAAUGCUCGACCAUUUUUGAUGGGCAAAGCAGCGGCUGUGGUCACUGAGCGGAAGAGUGCAAAGGCCAUCGUGGAUGAAAUGGUCACGGAUGCAGUCAAGUGGCUGCAGACCGGUAAUAAGAUGCUUGCUAAACUUUGAAAUGGCCAAGGGAGUUAUGAAUGAAUGAUUUUAACAUACUAUAGCGCUUAAACAUAACGGAAUAUUCCCAUAAAAUCCUUUCAUGUUGAAUCGUGAUGAUAUACCACCUAUAGGCCACACCUAAAGAGAAGGAAACAACUGCAGAUAUUUUUAUUGAAGGAAGCGCCAGCCAAUUCAUUUUGUCUCAAAGGCACUCUUCUCCUUCAGCCAAUCACCAAACCCCAAAAGUCCCGGAUGAAUCUUCUUCAGCUCAGCCACAUUAGCACCAUAUCCCUCCUCUCGGAACCAUUUGAACAUGAGGCCCAUCUCUUUGCUCGCCCAUGUAAUACCUGAGGCGAUAAUGUCGAAUGUAGUGGACAUUUCGGCACCGGUUUUG